UAAAUCCGGGUUUUACAAAGACCAUUCUUACUUUUCCGAAGUAAAUUAUGCCUUCAUCAGCUAAUUUCUCGAAAUAAAUCAUAAAUGGUUCAACAAAUAAGCAAUAAUCUUUUAUUAUGAACUCUUUUAAUGAAUCUACGAAUGAUUUGACGGGUGUCAUAUUUCAGACAUGGGCGUUUAAACUGUGUGGAACAGAACACAAGAACGGAUUUAAACUUAAGCGUCCACAUUGGAGUAAAAGAUUUUGUCGUCUCAUUCGAAUAGAAUCCGAUCUUAAAUUGGUUUAUUACCAUUCUGACGCAUCAACUCAUAAUGAAGCUGAGAGAACAAACAAGGAAAAAGGAAGAUCUGAGAUUAUUUUAAAUAAUGGCUAUCACGUUCAAAAGUAUUUCGAGAAUUUAAAUGGAAAGGAAUAUAAUCUCGUUUUAAAUUUACCCUAUAAAAGAUUAAUAUUAUCGUUCGAAUCAGCGAGAAUUUUGCAUUUAUUUGCUUUUUAUUUGCUAUCUAAUUAUCGCCUUAAAGACGGAUUAGAAGAAGAAUGUUUCAAAGUCCGACCAGAGAAUACAAGUGAGCACAAUGCCUUAGGUUCAAGAGGAAGUUUAUGUCUUUUACACGUCUCUCCAUCUGGUAUUAUUUUAUUGCUAGAAGUCUCUAAAGCCCUUCUAGCUUAUUGGCCUUUGGUUCAUAUAAAGGAUUUUUGUUCAAGGGGUUCUAGUCAAUUUAUAAUUACAUCAGGCAGAAGAUCGAUGACAGGCGAUGGCACAUACAUUUUCAAUACGAGAUUAAAUUUAAAUAGCAUGAUUUAUGACAGAUUAGAGAAAUACGUAGAAAAUUCUGUUAAUUUUCAACAGAUGAAAGCUGUAGCUCUAACUCCAGAUGUUAUGUUAAACGUUCAAAUGGCAAAUAUGCAAGCAUUGUUGAAGACAGCUGAAGAUUCCUCCUUUGAUAAUCAUUUGUCGAAGGUCUCAAGAAAUAUAUAUGAUAAAUUUUUGGAACAUUCUGGAGUUUCAAAUGCAUAUGCAUCAGCAUCCGGAAGUUAUGCUACUCUUACCGACAUGAGGUCGCUUCCUGACCCGGUUAAAGGUCACGCUGUAAACACAAACGGCCAUAGUACGCCCUCGAGAGAUACAUCUUACGCUUCUAUGGAUAAUAUUUAUAUUCACGAGGAAUAUGUUGGCGGAGUCAGAUCUGCUGAACAGCGUAAAGCCGAUAAUCCAAAUAUUUAUACGAAUACCCCAAGGCAAUCUCGUUCAAGUGACGAGCACAGAGCUAAUGCACAUUCGUCGGGAGAAUACGAAGUUAUGGCGAAUGGUUUCGAUUCGUAUGAAGCGUCACCCCCUUACAAAUCCACCGUAUGCUAA